AUGGCAGUCAGGAAUAGUGCUGUUCCUUGUUUGGAUGCAAGUGGUAUUGCAAUACCUGUGCUAGACCCACCCAUUAUUGAGGAACCUCCAACCCUAACUGGGGAUAGUAUGGGGAUUUCUAAGCUGAUGGUUGGGAAAGUUUUGGGUAUAUGUGAUAUCCCUGCUGAACUACUAAGGUGUGGAGGUGGCCUGAGGCAAAGCUGUGUCUUUGCACCAACACUUUUAACACCUGCUUGGAUUUAUGCUUGCUGUGAGGAUAUUGUCACAGAGAGCUUUGCAUACCUUGGUAGUGUAGUCGAUGUCUCUGAGCCAUCAGACCAAGAAUUCAGUAGAUGGAUUGGCCUGGUGGCAGGAAACAUGAACUUGAUCAACAACAACACAUUCAUUGGGCGUCUAUUGGGGAGUUCCACGAAACGCUGCGCUCUACAAGAACACGGGUCCCAGGAUGCACAUGGGAUCAGGCUGAGUGUAGAAUCGGGUCAGGCGCUGGAAGAUAAAUCCAAACUCCCUCUUCAUACUGAUGAAUGCGGGUCCCAGGACGCACCAGGGAUCAGGCCGAAUAAAGAGAUAAGUCAGGACCUGGCAAAUAAAGCCAAUCUCCCUCACACUGAUGGAAUCAUUGGCAGCCAUCUCUUCCGUGCUGGUGUGUCAGUGGACUCUGAAGAUGGCCAGCAGACUUUUGCUGAAGUUCCUGUGCAACCUUUUACUGCCGAUGAAGAACUUGCUGCCACCGACACUAAUAUUGAUACGAAAGUGGGAAUCGUCUCUCCUCCAGUGGAAAGCAAGUUAUGGCAGGCUCAGCUAAAGAUGUUGGAGACACAGGCCAGGAUAGAACAUGCUCAGUUGAAAAGUCUAGAAAGACAGGCCAGAAUAGAGGAGGCUCAGUUGCAGAUCUUAAAAAGACAAUCCAAAAUAGAAGAGGCCCAAUUAAGAUGCUUGGAGAGGCAGGCCGAGUUAAAUGAAGCCAAAUUAAAGGUUCACGAUAAAAAAGCAAAAAUAGAGGAAACCCAUUUGUGGAACUUGGAGAGACAGGCCAAUAUUGACGAGUCUCAAUUAAAUAUAUUACAGAGUCAGACUAAAAUAGAGGAAGCCAAAUCAAGGAUCCUGGAGGGGCAGGUUGAUACGGAUGCCCUUUUGCAGAAGAUCAGCCAACAUGUUUAAGUAAUCGCAAGCUACUGUGAAGUUCAAUCUUCCAAUAAACCAGUCUGAGAACA